AUGCCUGGUAGAGGAAGGAGCAGGCGGGGCAUAACAUCGAAAGAUUACCAGAAGCCGCUGCGAAGACCAGGUGAAACGCAAGAGACAACGUCUACAGCGCAAGAUGGCGCGAAAGACUCUUCUUCCGCUCUGAGCGAAAGUGAAAAGGGUGAGAAAAUGCUUUAUUAUUUUCCCAGUUAAAUUUAGAGAUAUGAUUAAACAUAUAUAAGCAAAUCCUUUCUGGCACAAGGUUAAAGGCUACUAUUCACUGCCUCAAUCUCGAUCUUCUUAUUAUACAAUUCGGAUCUUUCAUCUUCCUUGACUUAUUAAUAAUUUUGCAUGCCAAUUGAAGUGUAGGGACCGUUUUUUCGUUAGGAUCUUAUAUCAUGUUCGAAUUUGAAUUUUAUCCAGAUCAAACAGUUGCAGAAUAUAAGCUUAAGCUUAUAAUUAUACAAAUGAGAUUAAGUCAACAGGUGAUAUUAAACUUUGCUUUUGUUUCUUAAAUUAAAGAAAUAGUUUUAACGAGAGUGUAACAUGGUAUGAUGCAGUGCUGUGUGUGACUACUAAUCUUGCGUUCAUACAGUUAGGAACUUCAGAAUGCCUAGCCACUUGUCUAAACGCUGCACAAGACAUACACAAUAGUUUCUUUUGUCAGUCAAAGAGAUGUAAAUAUUAAGUGGCUGGGUAUUCUGAAGUUUAGCCUAUGUAUUGUAAAAGACCCAUACUCUGCAAGUUUCUUUGACGUUCUGCCUGAACUUUUUGUAUGAUUAUUUGAAAUAGUUAAUGAUCCACCUUUGGAGGAACUAGCCCAUGAUAAACCAGCCGAAGAUACUGGGACAAGCCAAGAUUCAGAGGAAAAACUAUUGAAAGCCAGUGAGCAAAAGGAGUCAGAGGAGAGUGAUGUCUCACCUCAAAAGACAGAAAUUGUUAAUAGUACUUUGUCUGAAGGCAAGGAGGAAAGUAUUGUAAACACUUCUACAAAAACUGGGAAGAAUGAUGGAGAGGCUGCAGAACCAGCUGAAGUGAAAAGUGCUGUUUUAAAAACAGCAACUGGACAACAAGCAGAUAAAAUAACCAAGUUAUCACCACUUGCGGCAGAGUUUAAAGGUUUUUGACCAAUGUUAGAUGUCAGAGAUCAUCUUCGUGGUCUUAAACAAGGUUUCAGUAAGAGAGUUGUUCCGGUCUCUGGAGGUUACGAGGCUGUCGACUCGCUAUUUGGACUCUUACUCAACUACAACUGUGUGAAAGAUGUGUUGUUUGGUCUAACGCAAACUCCUGGCGAAUUGGAUUCUUAUGUGGAGACUUUGGUGAAGAUGUUGCAAAAGUGGCUGAGUUCUCUUGAUUCCUUGCAGGAAAUUGUGGAUCUCAUCUUUGAUUAUGUAGGUAUAACUUUAACAGUGGUUCCACCGAGUAUUUAUUUUACUGGCAGUGCUAACCCAUUUAAACCAAAAAUCUGCAUCAGUAUUUUUUGCAUUGUACUCCAUAUUGAUCCCCCCUCCCCCACUUCUCCUGGCGUACCCAUCAUAAUUAAAAUAAGGCGAGCAUUGUUGAACUAUUUCACUAGCUGUGGAAACCAUUUCUCUCCAAGUUAACUGUGUCUGUUUCUUUUCUUAGUCAAUAACAGAACCUAAUUUCCAGUACAUGGCAGCCAAACUGUGUAACUUAUUAUCAGAAAAGGAAAAGAAAAUUGUCACUAACAAUGAUGAAAAUUUUCGCAGUGUGUUUCUCACCAGGUACUAAAGUACAUGUAGUUAAAGUUCUGGAUGCUUUAUUCUUAGGGCUUCCAUUUAGCUGACCCUAGUAAAGACAGAUUUAAGAAAACUAGCCACGCUUAAAAAUUCUAUCUCAGCUCUGUUUUCAGUCAUGAACAUACGUUCAAAUGGACCUUGUUCAUUAAUGUCAGCUAAAAACGUAUUUUUAGCUAAGCGGAAAGUUAAUACCAGCUCCAGGAAGAUCACCUUUUGGUGAUCCAUCCUGGAGGUAAUCUGGCAGGCAUUCGUCAUGCCCUUGGUCAUAGCACUGUCUGUUGAUUUUCCAGCCAAGUUUUUCCUUUUACUCACUUCAGGUAGCUUCUUUCAACUUUUCAGGAUUUCUAAUCAUGUUUUUUUUCCAGAUGUAAGGAUGAACAUAUUAAGCGAGAGGAAACCUUGCAAAAUACAGCUACUAAAGCACUUCUUCUUGGCUUUGCAAUGUUUGAGGCUGAGCUCUUUUGCAACUACAGAGUAAGGUUUUUUUUUCUAUUUUUUACUUUUAUGCAUUUUAAUACAAAAAUGGGUUAACAACUAAGAGCAGCUUUAGUGCUAGUCGUCUGCAGUCAGGCGGCAUGUGUAUGCCCACUUGUUCACUACAUCUUUCACGUGAUUGGAUGGCAUGUGCAGUUUCCUUUGUACAGUGUUUUUUUUACGGAGGUUUUUUUCACCGUUUUCUUUCCCUGUUCUCUCUCCAUUUAUAAUUUUUUUCAGUGUGAUGGGUAAAUUUUGAAUGUUUACAUUUAUAGCCCUUAGGUGAGAGUCACCCAUUAAAAGUGUUUCACAGAGGGCUGAUAGAAAUGCUGAACACCCUUCUACAAAACCAUUCAGAGGAUUGCCUGAAAUGUGUUGGAAAAAUAUUGAAGGUAAAUUAGUUAAUUAGUCAUGGUUAAAACAAGUUUGCUCUUUGAUGACAUUGGCAAGUCCACAAUUAAAUUGUCGGAAUCAAAUCAAAGUGUUCCUUGGUGUUUUACUCACCUAAGUGUUUUAAAGUGUCUUGGGCUUUGAAAAUUUUGUAUUAUUUUUUAGUCGCUCUGGUAGCUGGAGAAAAUAGCCAACAUUUUGUGACACAAUCACUGCUCUCCUUGCUCAAUGAUGUGUAGAGAAACAAGUGCAGAAAUUACAUACUGAUGAUGCAUCACUUGCCAGAUCUGGAUAGUGCUUCUGAUUGGUUGAAGCAAAUUUAUCUCAUGGCAGUCAACCAAUUAGAAGCCCUUUCCAGAUCUGGGUACUGACACAUCAUCAGAAUGAAAUUUCUAAGAUAGUUUCUCAGACGUCAUUUUGUGGAGAAACCAGUUAUGGCUCAGGCUAUCACUCUGGAGAAUUUCUAGUGAACACUUUUCUUUAAGCUAUAAUAAUUUGUCCCUAUCUUUGGAUGUAAGUUGCUAUGUGAAACAUGUUGUAAUAUUUUAUUCUCUUAAUAGUAACAUUUGCUGUACAUUUUCUAGAUGACAGGCUUUCUUCUGGAUGAUCCUCAAUUUUUGGAAAUUGAGAAAGACCGCAAAGAAAAAGUUGAUAAAGUUUUCAACGAUGUCAACAACCUGUUAAAAGACUCUAGUCUGUCAGAAAGGUAAUCCUUCUCCUUGUACAGUUUGACAUCAGUCUUCCAGUCUUUAAGUAUGAAUUUUGUUAGUGUGUUGGGGCAGGGAAGAUUGAGGGGAGGGGGAAGUAGGAAGAAAGUUGCAAAGCCAUAGUUCUGUAUUGUUUGAUUAUCUAAGGAAAACUGUUAAUUUUAUGGUGUGUAUGAAACUACUGGAUAUCAAGAGGCUCUUAAAGUCAUCAGUCAGUGCCUUUAGCCAUUAUUAAACAAAAUGCUCUUCUUAAGUCAUGAAGAAGAUACAUGUAUCAAACAAAAUUCCUCGGGGAGCACUAACCUCAAUAUUUGUAUUGGUAAUUUUUGCUGGUAUAGCAUUAAAACAUGAAAACCUUGGCCCAACUGUUUCAAGUUUCAAUCCAUGUUCAUCCUAGACUGCGAGCAGUCUCUCUUUUUCUUCAGAUUUAGUAAGGGGAGUGCACACGUGCCCGCAAGCAUUAAGCAGUGAAGCAGCAAGAUGAGAGAAACGAGGGCGGUUGCCCGAGAAGAAAGAGAGACUGUCUCUUUUGUCGUGCCUCUUCCGUCUCACCCCUUCAGUCACGCACGUGGUCAUUUGCGUGUCUUGGCCGUUUUGCUCCACGGACCAAGAAAAAAGGAGACUGCUCGUAGUCUAGUCCAUCCUUUCCAUAGAUCUGUGGCAACAGACAAUAGAAAAAAGUUUCAAUCCCUACAAUAUAGUGUUAAGACACAAAACUGGACUAUUAUUUUUGGAAUUCAAUCGAGGUUCUUAAAAAGAUAGCAAAUAGCAUGGCAAAGCCCCUUUAUUAUAAAGUUGUACAGCUAGUAACUUUUUUUUUCUCGUGCCUUGGUAGUGUCAGAGAAUUAUUGUCAAAAGUGAUGGAACUAAGAGCUUCCAACUGGGGGAGCGGGACAAGUGAAGGAGCUGUUGGAAAUUACCCCGUUUAUCCUUCAGAUGAUGGAUAUUACUAUUCUGAUUAUCCCCUGGGCAUGGUAAGUUCUUUAUAACAGAUUUGUCACAAGUUACCUUAAAAAAGUGGGGAAGUUUUUGUGUUGCAGUUUUGUUUUACCUUUAUUUUGUUCUUUGUCAGUGGUAAUUUCUGAUUAUAAGUCAGGAUAAAAAUAAAAAAAUAAUUAGACCAAAGGAAAAAAAAAGUUAGAUAUGAAAAUUAUUGCCAUUUGUCAUGCAAAUGACACUAAUAUUCAAAUGAAAGAUUUUCCAAUGGAUCUCAUUUUGAAUUGGUGGGUUUUGGAAACUCGGAAAUAGCCUGUUUAAUUAUAGCCUGUCCAUAGUUGUUUUUAACGAAUCUCACGCCUUUGUGCAAGUGGUCAAUAGCCCCCCUCCCCUCCCCCCAAACUCCACGGUUUUCAUUUUCAUACCACACUUAACGAUCUCUGAAGAGAACUAAGAGGGCCUGUGAAAGGACUAGUUAAGUUACUGCCUUUUGUUGUUUUAGGAUGAAUUAAGCUUACAAGAUGACUUGACUCCUGUGACAAACCCAGGUGAGAAAGAAUUGAAAAGAACAUAUGUUAAUGUCAAAGUGUAUCAGCUUGGUACCAAUGGAAAAACCUUAUUACAGAGAAUUCAUUGCAUUAAUCGGUCAACUGACUUGCGAACCCUGGUCUUUCAUGGACAGUUUUUUCAUUGAAGAUGCGUUAUGUGUCCUUGAUUGAGCCCGAUUGCAUUAAUCUGUUUUCUUCGUCAAAAAUGGUGACUCCGAGCCGGAAUUAUACCGUUCCAAGAAAGAGAGAAAAACUGCUACUGCUCCGCCGGGCAUUGAAUAAUUUUCAGAUGUAUGGUGUGUCGUUCAGCAUUCAUGAAGACCCCUCAAGUAAACAGGAUGAUGUGAAUUUCCAGUUAUGUGUAAAAGUCAUAUCAGCACAAUAUCGUGUCUGUAUUACCUGGACACGCCCUAAAGGGGACCUUGUUCAGAGGCAUCCUGUUAAGGUUACAAGAGAAUAUGUCUAGUUACCUCGCUGAUAAUACUACUACAUCUACUUGGUAGAGCCUACGUCCUCUGUAUAUUCAUGAUGAAAGGUCUGGUCAUAUUACUACUACUACUUAUGAUGCACAUUCUGGUACAAAUUCUUGUCCUAUGUGAAAUGUUGGCUAAUUUUUUAGUACCAGCUUCCUCGGUAUACCUUGUUUUAUAGCCCUCGUUUGUGUUCAAAAACUCCGGCCAGUGCUCAGAAAUUCGUGAAUCUGAAUCUCUGUUUUGCACAUAGACCUCUUUGCACCUCUGGGAGGCUUGUGCGAGAAAUCGAAAACCGUGGGGGACGUAUGAUGGUAGAAACUCUGUAUUAAAAUCUUACUUCAUUACUACCCUCUGCACAGUGCGCAAAGCGCGAAUGAAAACACAACGACAUAUAUGGAGGGUGACUCUUGCUGGGAGCCUGAUGGACACAAUGGACCAGCACGUGCUUUAUUGACAAGAUAUUUUCGCAAUACAGUUCAACAAUACAAAUGAUCUUAAAAGUAAUAUAAAAAAAUUACGGAAAUAAUAUAAUUUCUACAUAAACGAACAUUUAAAUAAUAUGGAACGUGACAGAAAGUAGAAUCACUACCCGGUACGAAAACCCGGAAUAAAAAACCCAUUGGGGCAAAAAAAAACCGGGAACGUACUCCGCGAUCGAAUGCAGUGUAUCGAGCUCCGAGGAUUAGAGCUUUGGACUAACUUAGGAACUAAUAAUAAGUUUGGUCACCGACAACGGCUGUCCAAAAGGCGAGAUAGCCAAAAACGCUUCUACGUCGAUAGUUAUACAAAUACUCCUAAUGUAUAAUGAAAUGUACGCAGGCUAAAAAUUUCCGGGUUCCGGAAUCUGGAAUACCUUACAGAGAGAUCCGUAAAAUUUUGAUUGAUUGAGUUCUUUGCUUAUUUCCUUUUUGUUUUCAGUCCUGGGGAUGAUAGUGAAUAUUAUGUUGAAGAGGAUCCUGAAUUUGAUGAUGAAAUACAUGAAGAAUUCGAAAAGUUUUUACAAGAACAAGAAGCCUUAUUCAACUGA